AUGGCUCGAACCUCGCUGCUGUCCAAGACGCUGCUUGCAUCAUGUGUAGUGGUGGUGCUCAGGCUGCUGCCUGGUGAUGAGACCUUCGUGGCGCCCAAGCAGCGCAACGAAGUGGCUGCGGCAAUGGCAGCUGCCAUGGUAGCAGCAUCAUCCGGGCCAGCAAUGGCUGAGGUCCCAACCUUUUCUGUCUUUGGCUUUGGCAGCGGCCAGUCGGACGCCUACAGUCAGAAUGACAACCCCAUCAAUCCGUACUCCCAGUUCAGCGAUGGUACGGACACCGUCUACCAAUUCAAAAACAAGGAUGAGGUUGAGAGAAGAACCAAGGCCCUGAAUGCAGCCCUGAAACGCUUUGAGGAUACUCCUGAGCUCAUCAAGACCAAGCAAGCCCAGGGUCUGAAGGCAAACCUCUUGGAAGCCAAUUCCUUGAGACAAGAUAUGCUGUACUUCUCUGGUGCGGAGGGUUCUCAGGCCUGGGACAAGGCCCGCGCAUUUAUCCAGAAAGUUGGCACAAUGGGCGUGGAUGGUGGGAACAAGCAGUGGCAGGCAGCAGCCAAGGACUAUGACCAAGCCGAGACUUUGCUCAAGGAGUGGAAGGAUAUCUCUAAGUUCUGA